UAAUGUACAUCGGUAGACCAGGUACACAGUAAAUGGAAUGGGAUGCAUGGCACGUAAAAAGCGCGUCUUGCCCCGCCAACAAUCCCGGAAGUACAUUAGAUUAGGUAGACAUACGCAUCCAUGUAUUAGUGAUACUUAUCGAGAUCUUUCACGACCAACUUGUCGCCAGAGAAUGAGGAAGCAUCUUCCAUCGAUUUCUAAAAUCGUACGCACAACAUGUCCUACUACGACAUAGAUGCGAUCCUUACCGAUGCCGAAAAAGUUCCUUGCAAAUUCGAACUCGAUGUACCCGAACUUGGUUAUCUCGACAACAAUCCUUCCCAACCGCUAAAGAAAGGUGCCUCGAUCGGACUGCCAUUAUGGCUUGCCGAACCUCUUGCUCUUACGAGUAGGUUGUCAAGCAGUUCAGAAGAGGGUUCCAGUUCGUUUGUCACCCUCGAUCUCCCCCCUUCGUUAUCCAACGAGGUCAUGUCUGCCCUGAAAGCCGAUCCUCGAGCCGUGCCCCUCCGCGACCAGUCCCAUAAUUUCUACGGCCUCGGAACACGCAUGCUCGACGUCUUCGAGGAGGCGGAGGUAUGCGCCAUCCUCCGAAGAACUUUCGUUACGAGAGCUGCAGAUAUCGCGCUCCACGCGAGGAAAGCCGGUGCCACCGAGGAUAUGGGCGUUGGCACUGGUGAAGAGUUCUUGAGAGGCUUAGAGGAGUGGGAGAGGAAAUUGUUCAGAAAAGCCCACGAGGGUACAAAAGGAACCAAGGAAUGGAUGGAACGGAUUAAAAAAUAUUGAUGGUCUAGGCCAUUAUUGACAGAGAUAUUAUGAUGCCCAUAGUGGGAUGCCGUUCACUCGAGUGGACUGUGAGAUCUCUUCUAUUACUGUGCGACUAUCGGUAUGAUGCGUGUGCUAUAUUAGGCACUAAUGUAGCAGCAUCACCAUGUUGGACGUUCUGGACAAGACUAUCCAAGCUUGACCAUACACUAGGAACAUGGAAGGCUUGGGGUUUUAUUAAACAUAUCGUACAUAAUACGUUAUAUAGAGGUAGGCGUACACGUAUAACGAAGACAUUUGAAAAUUAAUCGCAGGGUUGAUACUAUGUUUUUUUAUAGAAGUACAGGAACAAUUAAAGGGUUUCAAAUGCUAGAUAGUAUACGGAUUUGUCAAAUGGUUUGCGCAUCUUGAGUUUAGGUACCUAGGUACAUAACCAGGUACAUGACUACAUGGCGUCCAUCGACAUAUGAGCCGGAGUGCAAGUGGUUUAUCGAUAACAGAUUUACAUAAACCCAUGCAGUACCUAGGUACCUAAUAGAUUCAUCAACAAUAA